AUAUCGAGGGCGCGCCCCUUCCCACGCCGCACGGCCUGCUCCAGGGUCUUGGAUAUGGAUCUUCUUCAGUUCCUGGCCUUCCUCUUUGUCCUGCUACUUUCUGGGACAGGAGUCACAGGCACCCUGAGGACCUCCCUGGACCCAAGCCUGGAGAUCUACAAGAAGAUGUUUGAGGUGAAGCGACGGGAGCAGCUGUUGGCACUGAAAAACCUGGCACAGCUGAAUGAUGUCCACCAGCAGUACAAGAUCCUUGAGGUCAUGCUCAAGGGGCUCUUUAAGGUGCUGGAGGACUCCCGGACAGUCCUCAUUGCUGCAGACGUGCUCCCAGAUGGGCCCUUCCCCCAGGACGAGAAACUGAAGGAUGCUUUCUCCCAAGUGGUGGAGAACACAGCCUUCUUCGGCGAUGUGGUGCUGCGCUUCCCAAGGAUUGUGCACCACUACUUUGACCACAACUCCAACUGGAACCUCCUCAUCCGCUGGGGCAUCAGCUUCUGCAACCAGUCAGGCGUCUUUGACCAGGGGCCCCACUCGCCCAUCCUCAGCCUGAUGGCCCAGGAGCUGGGGAUCAGCGAGAAAGACUCUGACUUCCAGAACCCAUUUAAAGUAGACCACAGAGAGUUCAUUUCCAGCACCGACCCUUUCCAGAAGGCCCUGAGGGAAGAGGAGAAACGCCGGAAGAAAGAGGAGAAGCGGAAAGAGAUCCGAAAAGGCCCGCGGAUCUCACGAUCCCAGUCUGAGUUAUAAGCCUGGAGCAGUCCAGGGUUCAGGGGGCCAGGAGAAGGCAGCAUGGCCAGGGCUCAGCGACAUCGACUGGUGGUGAGAGCCGGCCCCUGUGAGAGGCGAGGCCACGUUUGCUUGGCCUCCUGCGGCUGGCUCUGAGCUCCAGCUCAGAGGACUGGGCCACAGAAGGCUGGAUUUCCUCCCAGGGGCUUCCCUGGAGGGGGUGUCGAGGGGGCCUUCAGAGGAUGCUAUGCUGCAGACCUAACCCUGUGGAGAUACUGGGGGAGGCAGGAGGGAUCCUGGGCCAGACCCUCCCCAUGGGUUACUACCAGUGGUCAGCUGGCUG